AUGAUUGUUGCGUUGAGUUGUUCAACUACUGUAACGGCUUCAUCAGAUGAUGUUUACAAAGACACAUUUUGCUGGGACGUCUUUCUUAAUGUUCUACUUGGUGAUGAAAACUUAAGAAAUUCAAGCAUGGCUGAUGAAAUCAGAGCACAAGUAUAUCAUGCUAAUGAAUGGCAAAGUAAUGAAGUUGAAGAAGAGGUGGUGAAAAAUAAGAACAAAAUUCAUGAUCCAAAUACACCAUAUGAUAAGAUAGAACCUAAGAACAAGAUUAGUUGCAAGAAGUGGAAAGAGGACAGAGAUGAAUGUUUUCCUUUUUAGAUUAUAUGUCGUAUGGGUGUACAAUGAAAGAUCAUUUCAAGUUAAAAGCUUGGUUGGAGAGCAUCAUUGUAAUACUCGUUCCUGAAGUUGGAAGAGCUUGGAGCCAU